AUGUCAUUUUUUUUUACUGAUCUUGAACAAUGUAUUAGAUAUAUUGAAUCAAUAGAUAAAGAAAAAAUCUUAUUAAUUAUAUCAGGAUCGAAAGCAUCAGAAAUUUUACCUCGAAUUUGUUCUUAUCAUCAAAUUGAUUCAAUCUUUAUCUUUUCUAUCGAAAAAGAUCAAUAUGAAUAUUUAUUAAAUGAAUAUUCAAAAAUAAUUGGAAUUUAUAUUAAUUUUGAUGAUUUAUAUAAAUCAAUAAAAGAACAAAUUGAUCUUGUUAAUAAACAAAUAGAGACACUUUGUUAUUUUGAUCAACAUCAAAUAUUAACGAAAGAUCUAUCAAAGGAAUCAGCAAAAUUUCUAUUGUUUCAAUUAUUUAAUUAUGUUAUAUCUCAUUUUUCACGAAAUGAACAAGCAAAACAACAAAUGAUUGAAAUAUCAUUAAAAACAGAAGAUAUUGAUUUAUUAUAUCAAUUUCGAUUUUUUAUUAGUGAUCUUUCUGAAAAUCUUCAACGUCAACAUGAAAAAAUUCUAUUAUCACAAGAAAAAAUUUUAAAUGUUUAUCGAGGAAUCAAACUUGACAAAGAAGAAUUUAAUAAAUUAAAACAAAAUCAAGAAAAACUUAUUUCAAUAAAUGGGUAUCUAUUAACUAGUUGA